AUGUCGUUACAAUGUGCAAAGCAGUGUUCCUGUAAAGCCAGCGAAGAAACAUCAUGUCUGGGCCUGAAGACCAGCUUGCAGACAUAUACGAUGCAGGAUAAAUAUGUAGUGCUGCGCCUCAUGGCCCAAGGCAGCUUUGGGAAGGUGUUCCUGUCAAGACACUGUGGAACAGGAAUCCAGGUAGCUCUAAAGGAGUUAAAAAGGGCAGGCGUGGGAGAGUCCUUCAUUAAGAUCGAGGUUGGCAUACUGAAGGACCUUCAACACCCCAAUAUCACACAAUUGCUGGAAGUAAUAGAAGAUCAACACAAAGUACACCUGGUCUUAGAAUAUGUAAUGGGGGUCAACCUGCGACAAGAGAUACGCAGAAGCCAUAAGAAUAGGCUGCAUACGGGCCCUACGCUGCUGCUGCCUGCCACCCUCGGGGCACCACCGACACUAGGUGGCCCCAAAUACAGGGCCAUGAGCAACUCCGUGGACAUGGACGUCCUACUCAUGGCAGAUCAGCCACACAGGAGGAAGACACAUCCUCCAAAAAGCAACCUCUUGGCAGCAGUGGAUUACUGCCACGAUCGUGGCAUUGUACAUGGGGACCUCAAGCCCGCAAAUGUUUUGAUCGACACCCAAGGUUGGGCCAAGGUCUGUGACUUUGGAUUGGGGAUCCAGUUCCACCCCGGGCAGAAGGUGACUGCAGUUGGGGGAACACUGGCAUAUUCUUCCCCGGAAAAAUUCUCUCGCAAGCGGUACGAAGGUCCUCCCCUAGACAUCUGGGCCCUGGGAGUGACUUUAUGUGAGAUGCUUACUGGGGAUUAUCUCUUUGCUGAAUGUAAAUCCCAGAUAAUAGAAAAUAUCAUGCAUGGGACGGUCUCUUACCCCAAAUUCAUCUCUAACAAUGCCAAAAGACUAAUUGGCAAAAUCCUAACCUGGGACCCCACGAAGCGGCCAACAAUACAAAAGAUCCUGAAGCACCGAUGGAUCCGGGGUGUCCGGCCCCCCAGUCCUCCGGAGCCACUCCCUGUGAACAUAAAGAGGGCAAUCCUCAGCCGAAUGGCUGGGAUGGGGUUUGAUCCCCUAAUAGUAAUGGACAAUUUGCGGAGAAAGAACUACGCUCAUGAGAUGGCAACAUACCUUUUAUUGCAGACCCAGGCCCUCCAGGGGCCUGUGCAUGAGGCUGUGCAGGAAACAUCAUGCUGCCUGACAGGCCCUGCACCGUCAGAUCAUGUCCCCUGGAGGAGGCUCGGAGAGCCUGUCCCCUGCACAGGCUGCUUAUUCCCCAGGGUGAAAGCCCGAGGGGAGCAGGAAAAACUGAAAACUUGUAAUAUUGAAUUUUAUGACAUUGGCACCUGA